UCUUUCACCGACUUCUACUUUUAGCUUCUUAAUCAUAUUUAUUCAAAAGUUCUGAAACUUUUUCUUCUUUUUGUUUGGUUAUUUUAUAUUAGUUGUCUAUUAAUGGCAGGCUUAGUUAGUUAGAAGCAACUGAGAAGCUUGAAAUUUCAGAUUAAAACCCAUGUGCGCAUCCCAGCUGUUUGGUCAAUUGCCUGAGAGACCAAAACGCAAGAAAGAUGAUAGAUUCAUGAUUUUCAAGCUUUAUUAAUUAUACCAUUGAAAGAAAAUAUAUGUAUAAAAAAACAUAUCAGAACGGUUUGAAAUCAUUCACACCUUGGCACAACAACUAAUCAUUCAAUUACAAUAAUUGGGUUUGAGAAUGAAAAUGCUUUAAGUGUGUAAUGUUUGCCGCACUCACUUUCUCUCCCUCUCUCUCUAUCCCAUCCCGCUAUUUCAUUUCUCAUCUUCUUUUUAAGUCAGCUUCAGUUGUUGAAGCUUUCUCCUUUAUCGCUUAAUGCUCAUGAUUUAGUUUCUCAAGAUAGAGUUUUUAACAAGCAUAGACUUGUUUUGAGAUUUCUGCUUCUGGUUAUUGCUUUUUAGCUUUUAGAUCUUCGUAUUCGUUUAAACUCGGAAGUUUUGCUCAUUUCUGUGACUUGUUGAUUUUUUGAGCAAUGGGUCACAAUCUAUUCUUCUUUUUCUUUUGGCUUUUAUCGCUUCUCGUCGGAGCUUGUUUUGUGGAUUCGUAUCAGGAUCAAGAGAAAGAUAGGAUCACUGAGUUGCCUGGACAACCAAAGAACGUCGAGUUUGCUCAGUACUCGGGCUAUGUGACUGUCAACAAGAAAGCCGGGAGAGAAUUGUUUUACUGGCUUACAGAGUCUCCAGCGAGUCGUAAACCUGAGUCAAGACCACUCGUGUUGUGGCUCAAUGGUGGCCCUGGUUGCUCCUCUGUUGCUUAUGGUGCAGCUGAAGAGGUUGGACCUUUCCAUAUUAGGCCUGAUGGAAAGACCCUUUUCUUAAAUCCUUAUGCUUGGAACAACGUGGCGAAUUUGUUAUUUCUUGAGUCUCCAGCUGGUGUUGGUUUUUCAUACUCCAAUACGACGUCAGAUUUGUACACCACUGGUGACCAGAGAACAGCUGAGGAUGCAUACAUAUUUCUUCUCCAUUGGUUUGAAAGGUUUCCUCAGUACAUGCACAGAGAUUUCUAUGUUGUUGGUGAAAGUUAUGCAGGUCAUUAUGUUCCUCAGUUGUCUCAAAUUAUUUACGAAAAAAACAAGGGAAUUCAGAAUCCACUGAUCAAUUUCAAGGGGUUUAUGGUUGGAAAUGCUGUGACUGAUGACUACCAUGAUUAUAUUGGGACCUUUGAGUACUGGUGGACCCAUGGUUUGAUCUCUGAUUCUACCUAUCGAGUGCUGAGAAGGACAUGUGAUUUUGGAUCCUCUCAUCACCCUUCGGCGGAAUGCAUGAAUGCUCUCGUUAUUGCUGAGAGGGAGCAAGGAAACAUAGACCCCUAUAGCAUUUUCACCAGCCCUUGCAAUAGUACUGAAUCGCUUAACCGCAACUUACGGGGUCAUUAUCCAUGGAUGUCCAGAGCCUAUGAUCCCUGCACCGAGAGGCAUUCAAAAGUGUACUUCAAUAUUCCAGAAGUUCAAAGGGCGCUUCAUGCCAAUGUAACUGGACUUUCUUAUCCUUGGAAAACAUGCAGUGACAUUGUUGGAAACUACUGGACAGAUUCUCCGCUAUCUAUGCUUCCUAUUUAUAAAGAACUUAUAGCUGCUGGUCUUAAAAUAUGGGUAUUCAGCGGGGACACUGAUGCAGUAGUUCCAGUAACUGCAACAAGAUACUCAAUAGAUGCCCUGAAGCUACCAACCGUCACCAAUUGGCACCCGUGGUAUGAUCAUGGCAAGGUUGGUGGGUGGAGCCAAGUAUACAAAGGGUUGACAUUUGUUACAAUAACUGGAGCAGGACAUGAGGUUCCGCUCCAUCGCCCUCGUCAUGCAUUUAUUCUUUUCAGAUCAUUUUUGGAGAACAAGCCCAUGCCAAGUUAAUCUGAUUCAACUUAUUCACGCAUUCUUGAUGAAUAAGCCCAAAAAUAUAGAGGUUUUAAAAUUGUUUACAACUGGGUAGGAUAAUAGAAAGCAAAAUAAGAGAAGCAUUCAUCUUGAGUGCUCCUCCAUUAUUGCCCCAUUGCAAUGCCGCUUAUUAGUAUUAGUUUACAAAUUGAAUUGUUUCUAAAUAUCCUCUAUGAAGAAACUGCAGGAAGUAGUAGUACUAGUUAUAUAGAUAUGUCAAAUUUGAUUAUAUUUCUUUUUAUUUUAUUAUAUGUAGUAAUGUAAAAAGAUUGUAGGGGAAUCAUUCUUUACGUGUUUCGACAGUUAAGGGGGGCAAAUUUUAUCUUUGUUAUAAUAAGUGAAACUGUAAUUGUUAAUGUGAAACUUUUUCUUAAUAGAAAUUUCCAAUGCAUAUGUUCUUAUUUCGA